AUGCCAUCUGGAAUUGAAAACGUUUUUCUGAUAGUGACAAUGGGAGAAUUCAUAGUCGGACAGGUAGGGAACGCGUUCAUUGUACUGGUGAACUGCAUUGACUGGGGGAAGGGCCGGAAGCUCUCCACUGUGGACUAUCUCCUCACCAGCUUGGCCAUCUCCAGGAUCAAUCUUCUUUGGAUACUGCUACUUGAGUCAUUUGUACUGGUGUUAUGGCCACAUCUAUACACUAGUGACAAAGUAACAGCACUCUUUAGUAUUUCUUGGGCCCUGAACAAUCACUUUUCUGUCUGGAUUGCAACCUGUCUGAGUGUUUUCUACUUUUUAAGAAUAGCCAAUCUCUCCCACCCCUCCUUCCACUGGCUGAGGCAGAGAAUUAGCCGAGUGCUACUUAUGCUUCUCCUUGGGUCUUCACUCUUACUCUCUUUCAACUUUGCGUUGUCAGAUACGUUUACGGCUUUCUGGACUAACUGGCACAGGACACAUCAAGAAAACUCAAGCUGGCCCUCAGAUAUGACGAUAACUCUGUACGUUAACAGCUUGGUGGCUUUUAACUUCAUCUACCUGAUCCCCCUGCUUCUCUCGCUGGGCUCCCUGGUGCUUCUGUUUGUCUCCUUGAAGAGACACACCAGGAACCUGCAUCUGAGCGCCAGCUGCUCAGACGCCAGCACCGAGGCCCACAAAAAGGCGAUGCAUAUGGUGAUGUCCUUCCUCCUCCUGUUCCUGGUUCACUUGACUACCACCAUAUUAGUCGGUUGGGCUUUCUUCAUACCAUACAAAUAUGAAGCUCACCUGGCCUUCUCCUUAAUAAUGACUCUGUUUCCUUCGGGCCACUCACUGAUCCUGAUUAUGGGCCACAGCAAACUGCGACAGACCACCUUGUGGCUUCUGGGGCAUCUUGAAUGCAGCCUGAGAAAGAAAACAGGGUGA